AUUGUGGGGGGGCGUUAUGUUUAUAUCGAAUGUUACUGUUAGGGCAAAGCUGUUUAAGGUUUAACGAAUUGUUAAAAACAAAACGGAAACAAUAAUAUUUAAUUACAAUUUUUAAAGGACUUACAACUACUAUUUAAAAAUGAGAUUCAAAUUUUGUGGUGACUUAGAUUGUCCUGACUGGGUCUUGGCAGAAAUAAAUACUUUAUCAAAAAUUACAUCUGUGAAAAUGAAACUUCUAUGUAACCAAGUUGUAAGUGAUAUUAUAGGAAAAGGAAUUGAUUAUGAAAAAGUUUCUAAACUUACUGCAGAUGCAAAAUAUGCUGUUGGAGAUAUUAAAGCCAGUAUAGCAGCUCUUGACUUUAUUCUGUCUAGUGCUACAAAACACAGAGUAGCGGAAGAAACUUUGUCUGAUGAACUCCAACAACUAGGUUUACCAAAAGAACAUACCUCCUCACUCUGUAAAGUAUUUUCCGAUAAAUUUCCAGAAUUGUUGGAUCAUAUGAAAAUGAAGAGUCUCAGGUUAUCCAGGUUAGAAGAUGUACACUGGAGAGUGGACUAUAUCAUAGGAUCAAGUGUCAUACGAGAGGUUAAUGAACCUUCAGUUCAAAUUUGUCUAAAAGUUAAAGAACUAGAUUCUGACGAGACACGAGCAGAACCAUUUACAUUGUCACCUGAUAAGUUCAGGGUGCUUUUGCAUGACCUGAAAGAAGCUUAUAAGAUGAUGGAAGGACUUGGAUAAUGUUAUGAGAUUUGAAAUGUGUCACACGCAUCCUUUGGAGAUUAUGCUGGUUGAUGAGUUGAAAGUAUGUAUCAAGGAAAUAAUGAUUUAUUCCGAAUCAUAACAUUUUAUUGUUGAAUUUACACUUAUUGUUGUCAAAUAUUCAUAAAACAUGAAACAUUUCUGAGAAAUUUGUGUAUUUGAAGUCAUUAAUAAAAUUUUGUAAAAAUGUCA